UCUUUGGGUAAUAAACGUUGAAUUUUGUCUGUGAACUUGAUCUGCACUUGAUUUUUCGAUAUGAGCAGUGGAUUGUCAUUUUUUUGUGGAAAAAAAUGUUAAUUUUAAUGUAAACGUGAAGAGUAUCGAGGAGUGACGAUUUAUCGAAAAUGUGCAAGUGAAUAAUAAGAGUUGUGGAGUAUUGUGUGGGCUAGGUUAGGUCUGGAAAAAGGAGUAUAAAAAUUACAUUCAAUUGUCGUUGCUUUUUAUGGUAAAUUAUAAAAAUGGAUAAUACCACUACUGCUGAGUGCUUGACUCUCGAUUUCGGGCCCUUCGAGACUGUACAUCGAUGGCAGCAAAUGCCGGCCUGUGAUGAAUUCGUUGGGGCAAGACGAAGUAAACACACAGUGGUAGCCUACAAAGAUGCAAUUUAUGUAUUCGGUGGUGACAAUGGCAAGCGAAUGUUGAAUGAUCUUCUUCGCUUUGAUGUCAAAGAAAAAUCAUGGGGUCGUGCUUUUGCAACAGGCACCCCACCAGCUCCUCGUUACCAUCAUUCAGCAGUCGUCCACGACAGCUCGAUGUUUGUAUUCGGUGGCUACACCGGUGACAUUCAUUCAAAUUCCAACCUAACCAACAAGAACGACCUCUUCGAAUAUCGAUUUCAAAAUGGUCAAUGGACCGAAUGGAAAUUUAUUGGAAAAACUCCAGUGGCUCGUUCCGCUCACGGUGCCGCUGUGUACGAUAAUAAAUUGUGGAUAUUCGCUGGAUACGACGGUAAUGCGCGGUUGAAUGAUAUGUGGACGAUCUCCCUUCUACCAGGAGAAUUGCGAAUUUGGGAGGAAGUCGUGCAGUCCGGCGAUUGUCCCCCAACCUGUUGCAAUUUUCCAGUGGCAGUUGCCCGAGAAUCAAUGUUCGUAUUCAGCGGCCAGAGUGGAGCUAAGAUUACAAACAGUCUCUUUCAAUUUCACUUCAGGGAUAAACGCUGGACGCGAAUAUCCACUGAGCAUAUUUUACGAGGUGCACCACCACCACCAGCUCGUCGUUACGGUCACACAAUGGUUAGUUUCCAUCGUCAUCUGUACGUAUUUGGUGGUGCAGCUGACUCUACUCUACCUAAUGAUCUACAUUGCUACGAUCUAGAUACACAAACCUGGAAUGUUGUUAUUCCGUCUAACGACAGUGAGAUUCCCACAGGAAGGCUCUUUCAUGCUGCAGCUGUUAUUGCAGAAGCCAUGUACAUAUUCGGAGGUACAGUUGAUAACAAUGUCCGCUCGGGCGAGACUUACAGAUUCCAAUUCUCAUGUUAUCCCAAGUGCACGUUGCACGACGAUUUUGGUCGGUUAUUGGUCUCUCGGCAAUUUUGUGACGUUGAAUUCGUAGUGGGUAAGGAUCACAUGGAAAAGAAAAUACCAGCACACAUUGCUAUGGUAGCAGCAAGAUCUCAAUUUCUCAGUGGAAAAAUCAGACAGGCUAGGGAAAAGCGAACGAAACAUCUUGAGAAGGUUUUCGGUACCACGGAAAUUCCGUUGAAAGACAUGCCUCUGCUGGAAGUUAAAUUGGAAGACGCCGUACCAAAGGCAUUUGAAAUGGUCCUCAAUUACAUAUACACAGAUCGGAUAGAUCCCACUAAAGGCGUUGAUGACCCGGAGCCUGGUAAUUUGAUUGUCCUUUUGAUGAUGGACGUUUAUCGUUUGGCUGUCCAAUUUAACAUGAAACGCCUCGAGCAGCUGUGCGUUCAUUACCUGGAAGCCACAAUUAAUCACGCUAACGUGUUGGAAGCUCUGCACAAUGCUGCACACCUAGAGCUGUAUUUCAUCAAGGAAUUCUGUCUCAGUUUCGUUGUCAAGGACAGCAACUACAAUCAGAUCGUAAUGAGUCAGGAAUUUGAAAUCCUUGAUCAGCCAUUGAUGGUGGAAAUAAUAAGGAGAAGGCAGAUGCCACAGACACGUAGUUUUUCAAAGCAUUACGAGCUUGGUACUGGCACUACUUUGGAACAAGAUAUGGCCAUAUUUUUAAAGAGCGUAGGCAAGGAAUUUUGCGAUAUUACUUUAAUGCUUGAUGGCGUACCGAUACCGGCGCACAAAGCUGUUUUGGCAGCUCGUUGCAGCUAUUUUGAGGGAAUGUUCAGGUCUUUUAUGCCGGAAAACAAUACCGUCAAUAUACAAAUUGGGGAGAUGAUUCCGUCGUCUGAAUCAUUUGCAUCUCUCAUGAGGUACAUCUAUUACGCUGAUGUUUCCAUGCCCCCGGAGGACUCAUUGUACCUAUUUACGGCACCUGUUUUUUACGGAUUCACCAACAAUCGGUUGCAGGCAUUUUGCAAGCAAAAUCUUGAGAUGAAUGUUACGUUUGAAAAUGUCAUUCAAAUACUGGAGGCAGCCGACAGAAUGCAAGCCUGUGAUAUGAAAAAAUAUGCUCUCAAUCAUAUUGUUCAUCACUUCAGUCAGGUUGCACGUUUACCCAGGCUCAAACAAUUAAGCCGAGAGCUGCUGUUAGAUAUAAUUGAGACACUAGCGGAUGAGCAGGGGGAGGCGCGCACUUGUCAGGACAUGACUAGUGAUUGCUGACUCAAUUGGUUCAAUCGCCGUGAUUGUCAUCGGAGAACCAGGAGCCAGCAUUAAACGGCCUGAAAAUUUUUUGUAUAGGUUAAAGAGGUAAAGACUAUUUUGUGGGAAUCGAAUAGAGAUUGUUCGUUCUUAGACUAUCACUGAUAACUGAUUGCAUUUGAAAUGAGGUCUAAUUUGUCCUUCCUACAGUAUCGAAGGGUUCUACGAUUUUGCUUGCAGGGCACAUAUACUGACACCUAUCGCCUAUUGACUGGGCCUUGGGCAGAGUGUAAAAUGAUCGCGGGGCCCAUUGCAUUUCCUGCUUAAGUGGCAACGUCUAAAAUCCCUAAAAGCCUAAAAGCUUGGCCUUCCUUUUUUACUUCUUUUAUUUCAGUGAAGACAGCAAUUCAAUCAAAAAGGUUCCAUCAAUUAUUUAUUUUACAUAGUAUAAUUUUUGGUAUGAAAUUAAUGAAAUUUAAUCUUUUCCAUUGCUUUAAAAUAAAAACACUGAAUGCGGUGAUUUCCGUCGCUGUGAUGUAAAUAAAU